GUGAGCCCUCUUACCCCAUCUGCCCUGCACCCAUGAAACCAGAGCUGCUCUUAUCUGCAGCAGAUCAUACAGAACCCCGGAGAACCACCCCACCCAUCCACCGCUUCUUCUGAGACAUCAGAUCCAGCCUCGCACUCCUGCCACUGGCCUGAGACCUCCUGCCACCAGAGCAGAGCCCUCGCUUUCUUACCUCCUCCCUGGGCGUCGUUCUGGUGACGGGAUGGCACUCCUGGAACUGGCCAUCUCCUCCUUCUUCUGGGCUUCUGGCCUUAUGCUGCCACAGUUGGAGCAACCCGAAGUAUCAGUUACUGGAGUAAGAGAUAAGAGUGUAGUCCUAUCUUGUAAGGUGCCCUCUGACAGCUUUGACAAAGAUUACAUACACUGGUACCAGCAGAAACCAGAUCAGGGCCUGAAACAGCUAAUGUACGUCUUGACAGCAUCUGCUCUAGGCGACUUAGGAGGGAAGAAAAACAAACUUGAGGCAAGAAAAUAUGCUUCCAUUUCCACCUCCACCUUGAAAAUCAGUUUCUUAAAGAAAGAAGAUGAGGCUACGUAUUACUGUGCCCUCUGGAUUUAUACCUCAGGCUGGAUCAAGAUUUUUGGAGAAGGGACCAAGCUCAUAGUAAUUCCUCCUGACAGAAAGCUUGAUGCAGACAUGGCCCCCAAGCCCACUAUAUUUUUCCCUUCGAUUGCUGAAAUAAACCUCGAUAAGGCUGGAACACAUCUUUGUCUUCUGGAAAAUUUUUUCCCUGAUGCUAUUAAGGUACAUUGGAAAGCAAAGGACAGCAAUACAGUUCUGGAAUCCCAGCAGGGAAACACCAUCAUGACGAACGAUACAUACAUGAAAUUCAGCUGGCUGACCGUGCCUGAAAAGUCAAUGGAUACAGAACACAUAUGUGUGGUCAAACAUGAGAAUAACAAAGGAGGAAUUGAUCAAGAGAUUCAUUUUCCUCCAAUUAACCAAGAGGACACUACAAAGCCUUGCCUGAAAAAAGAAAGUGGAAUCUCCUUGACGCACAGUGUGAAAUGGCUCAGACACAGUGCGGCUGCAGCGCGAGAGCACGUCCGCCUACUACGCGUACCUCCUCCUGCUGCUCAAGAGCGGGCUCUACUUCUGCGUCGUCGCCUUCCUCCUGCUGCGGAGAACAGCCGUGUGCGGGCACGGGAAGGGCUCGUGACGGAGGGUGCCGGAGGGCCGGCUGUUCCUCACCGUCUGUUGUCUGAAAAAGACGUCUGCUGAGGACCUAGCGGGGCUUCCCUCCUGGGUUUGGGUCAUUGCAGAUAAUUUUUUUUUAAUUAUUGUGUAACGUUUUUUCAAACUGCUGGGCAAACAUAUUUUACUCUGUAACAAGGAAUUCUGCCAUUACUCGGGGUUGGGAGGGGGCGGGCAGAGGGCAGGCCCCCGGGAGCCUUUCCCGCCUCGUCCCCACGGGCUCUUCGGCUCCUCCGGCCACACGAGUCCCCGCCCUGAGCGCCCUCCGCCCGCGCGGCCGCCCCGACCUUCCCCGGCGCACACCCCGCGCCCGCCAGCUUUGCCACUUCAGUUCUGUACUUCGUUCUUCAUAAUGGGCACAAGAAAUUAAAACAGAAAUCAAAAGCC